AUGGCUGCCAGACGUGAGGAAGAUAUUUAUCAUGACAAUGCGGUUCAACCUAUUCCAGCCGAUCCCAACGAGCGUCGUGUGUUAUUCGCCGCCUUAGACAGCUUCCGGCAGUAUCGGCGAGCAGCACAUUACAAUAUCACUCAUCUGAGACGUCAAGCAUUCUACUCUCUUUCGGCCGAUCACAUAGAUCUACUUUGCGAGCCACCGUUCUCCAUACCGAAGACCUUCGAUGCUGUAGAUGAAGCUAUUGACAGCAAUGCUGAAAUUGCAGAAGCGAUCUUGGCUUCUGGCCUGACUGCAUAUGGCCUAAGUCCCGACGAUGAAUCGUGGAAAGGCGCAGCGACGCCGAACGACAUGGACAAAGCACGAUCGACUAUUCGCCAGCUUUAUCGCGACUGGUCUGAUGAAGGAUCUGCAGAGAGAUAUGCAUCACAUAGUCCGUUCAUGGCUGCAUUAGAGAAAUACCUAUCUCUCAGCGAGCUUUCAAGCGGAGAGCAACAUCGUAUACUCGUGCCUGGUGCGGGACUGGGCAGACUCGUGUUCGAAAUUUCCUUGGCUGGCUACGUGGUCGAAGGCAACGAGAUUUCACACCAUCAGCUGCUCACAGCACACUUCAUGCUCAACUGUACUCAUAACACCGACCAGCAUCGACUGUUCCCGUGGGCACUGAAUUUCAACAACCAUCUCACGAGGGCCAGACAGUUGCAGAGCGUAGCCGUUCCGGACAUCCAUCCAGCCGAAAUGGCAACCCAGACCAACGAAUUCACAAGUGCCUCUCACGGCGAACGUAUGAGCAUGACAGCUGGUAACUUCUGUGCCCUGUACAAACAACCAAGAUAUGCGGCAAGCUUUAAUGCUGUAUUGACCUGCUUUUUCAUCGAUACGGCUCCAAACGUCCUCAACUAUUUUGAAACCAUCAGACACUGCCUAGUGCCAGGCGGUAUCUGGAUCAACCUUGGUCCAUUGCUGUGGCAUUUCGAAGCAGCACAAACGCCUGCAGAAAGGGCACUUCAGGCUGACAACGAUAGUGGUGCUUGUAUGACUGGUUUCAGUCGCAGAGUAGGCAUUGCGGAGCCGGGCUCCAUUGAGCUGACGAAUGAAGAAGUCCUGGCGUUGGUGUCUCGUAUCGGUUUCGACAUCUUGGAGAGCGACCAAAUGCCGGCGGGUGCUACAGGCUAUAUCCAGGAUCCGUCCAGCAUGCUCCAGAACGUUUACAGGCCAGUAUCCUGGACAGCCAGAAAGCGGUGA